GCCCGCCGCUCCAGCAGCUUCUUCAAAAUGUCAGAAAUUUCCAGCGACAGCGACUCGUCUUGUGGCUGGACGGUCAUCAACCACGAGGGCUCUGACGUUGAAGCAGCAGCACCAGACUCUGAUAGCAUAAGUGGCCACGAGGAACUGGCCUCAGAGGAAUUUCUGUCUCCAACGCAAGCGGAAGACCAGCAGCAGCAGGCCACCAGUCUGCAAGUUGAUUUUAGCCAGGGUGAUGGGGCACCAGUGAGCGCUAUAAGCCAGCCCCCCAUGGAGACAAGCAAGCUGGUUCCUGGGGAUGAGAAAGAAAAAUUGCUGGAUGAGACUUCCUGUGUGGGAGCAGUAAGUGAUGAUUCAGACAUUGUGACUCUGGAGGUGCCAAAGGUGGAAGAAGUUGGAAACCAGGAAGAAGCUGCCUCGGGAGAGGAGGAAGGUCAGGCAUCAGAAAAUUUCAACAUGGGUUCCUCUUCCAGCAGCCAGUAUACCUUUUGCCAGCCAGAAACAGCCGGUUGGUUGGAGCAGCUUUGGAUGGUGGUCCUGCGGUGGGUGAGCAGAUGGGUUUUUCCACUGCAGCCAAGUGGAGAGGAAUCCAGCAGUGAUGAAACCAGUCAUGGCUCCAGCCCUGCCCUGAGGCGCCGGCGGGCAAAGAAGAGGCUUCUCUCCAGCUCAGAGUCUGAGGAAGGACUGCCACCUCGCGACGUCAAGCAGGCCAAGCACCUGCUGAGCAGCGGCCUGAACCGAUGCAUUAUCCUCGCUUUGGUGAUUGCGGUCAGCAUGGGCUUUGGACAUUUCUAUGAUAAAAAAGAAAAUUUUAUGUUUCAAGGUACAGUUCAGAUCCAAAAACGACAGGAACUAGUGGAGAAGACUCACGAAGACAAACUGAAUGGUAUGAAGGGAGAUCUUUUGCAAUGCCAACAAGAAGGAAGUAAAACACCAUGUGGGUCUCUGAAGGAGGGCCUUGCAAAGUGCUGGCUCACAACACAGAUGGAAAAGAAAUCCUUUCAAUCUCAGAAACAUCACCUUGCUUCAGAAAACCAGCAUUUGAGAGAGUCUUUACAGAGAGAGGAAAAAGCCUUGGCACUGCUACAGGAAGAGCUGAGGAAGUUGAGGGAACAAGUAAGACACUUGGAAAGCAAAGGCCCUGGCCCAGAGUCUCUGGUUGUGACUGAAAAUCAAAAACUCAAAGCGCAUUUGGAGGAGGAAAAGCACAGAAUGCAGAGCUUUGUGAAACAAAAGGAGACCCUGUUGGCUGAAGCUCAGAUGCUGAGAAGGGAGCUCGACAAAGAGCGUCAAGUGACGGUAGCACUUCGGGAAACUUUGGAAAAGCUGAGCGCUGAGCAUGUGCCGCUGGUGGCAGAGGCCGGUUCACACAAGAGCCAAGAGAUAGAAACCCUUCGAGGGAUGCUGACGGAACUGGAGAAGAAGCUCAGCUUUGAACAGCAGCGGUCAGAUUUGUGGGAGAAGCUGUACGUUGAAGUUAAAGAUCAUGCAGAGAAGCAAGAGAGAGCAGGAAAAGCCCAGAAACCAGCUGGGAAAGGAGGAAACCCAAGUAAAGCCAAGCCAAAAGCAACUUUUUUUGGUUCUGUAAAAGAAACAUUUGAUGCAAUGAAGAAUUCUACCAAGGAAUUUGUACGCCACCAUAAAGAAAAAAUCAAGCAGGCCAAAGAAGCUGUGAAAGAGAACCUGAGAAAAUUCUCAGAUUCUGUCAAGUCCACCUUUAGACAUUUUAAGGACACAACAAAAAAUAUCUUUGAUGGAAGAGAAAAGAAAAGGUAUGGCGACAGAAGACAUGAGACUAACAGAAAAGGGAGGAUGAUGCAUCAAACGGACGGUUCUCGUGAUGGUCCUGCAAAGCCGGCCCAACACCAGGCUCCAGGAAGCCAAAGGCAUUUUGGCCAUAGGAGACCUCGGGCAGAGGACACCCAGCCCCUCACGCCAUUAUCCACAGACACUGCUUCCGGACAGUGUCCCAAGGGCCCUGCAGGCAGCCCAAAGCAUCACAUCAUCCUAAAAGGCUGUUCUGGCAUUUUUGACUGUGCCCACCAAGAAUUUAUUAGCCUCUUCAAUAAAGUCCUGGAUCCUAUUCGGGCUGAUGAAUUUAAUCAAUUAAUGCACAAAUAUUUGCAGCAAGAAGUAAAGAACUUUCAUCAUUGGCGAGAACUGGAAAUUUUCAUCAGCAACUUCUUCUGCAACGGUGUCUUUAUUCAUGACCAGAUGCUGUUCUCAGACUUUGUCAACGAUGUCAAAGACUAUCUCAAAGACAUGGAAGAAUAUCAAAGAGCCAGUGACAGAGCCUUUGAAGGCCUGGACAAGUAUAUAUACCAGUACUACUUUCAUCAUUACAACCAGAUACCUCCGUGUGGAUCCAGCCCUCAGCAGGAAAGACACCUUCCAAAGCACCAGCAGCGUUCUAAGAGGGAAAGCCGAUGGCAAAAGCAGGGCCGCAGCAAUGGGAGGCACACAGCAAACCUGGAGAUUGAAGUGGGGCGGCUCCCUUUUGACCCUAAGUACUGAAGGUGUUUGGGAGCCCUGCAGGCUGGCAAAAACCCUCCAUGAUUGGCCCCUCUGAGAGCUUUCACCAGGGCCCAAAGAUCCACUGGUUUCAUCUCCAUCCUUCUUCCUGCCUUGCAAUCUUGGGAAGCAUUAAUUAAUUUGGCUGCUUUCUACUAUUACAAUAAAUCCACAGGGUAAGCAGUAGCUUUAGACAAGUUGUAAAAUAAGCUUAUUUGCACUUGUUGGUACUUGGUUCUACUAAAAGAUAUGGUACAGAUUUCAUCUCAUGCUCCAGAAACACAUCUUGAUAGCUGUUUAAUUACUCUGAUCAUGAUGGGAUUUGUUGCGUGUCCUCUUUCUGAUCAUCUUGCUUUUAAAUUUUCUUGCACAUCUGUACAUUGUAAAAAAAUAAUAAAAAGGUCGUUCCAAGCUGUC